UGGUUUGAUAGCUGCAAUGAUAAUCAACGCAAUUAUAUAUUAAGAGGACUCUUAGAUCGAUGUAAAGUACCGCAAAUGCAUAUGUUGUCAAUGGUAAUGGCCCCUAUUCUACAUAAGACUUGCCCCUUUAAUUGUGAAGAUAUGUUAGCUUGGCUUCCAACUCAUAUUGCGCACAAAAUUUUGGUAUAUUUAGAUCCAGUUAGCUUAUGUCAAUGUUCACUUGUUAAUCGAUCGUGGUAUCGUAUGGCAAAUGAUCCAAAGCUUUGGAUUAGAUUGUGCAAUCAGCCACAGUGGAUACCUUCUGAAUAUGCCAAUGUAAAGCGAUACGCUCAAGGCUGGAACAAUGACCAACAAAAUGUACCUUGGAAAAUGAUCUUUGGUGAACGCUAUCGCCUUUACCGUAACUGGAUGAAGGGCUACUGUAGUAUUCGAAAAUUUGAGGGUCAUAGCCAGGGAAUUUCCUGCGUCAAAUUUGAUGAGAGUAGAAUUAUUACGAGCUCAUAUGAUAAAAAAGUUAAGGUUUGGGACAUUCGUACUAAUUCACCAUGGUCUGCUAUGACUCUUACUGGACACACAGGCACCGUUAGGUGUAUGGAUUUAAAAGAGAAUAGACUCGUUACUGGGUCAUGCGAUUGUACAAUUAAGGUUUGGGAUUUGCACAUGUCCCAAACUUGGAGUAGCGUCGUAUGCAGAGCUACGUUAUUGGGACAUCAGCAUACCGUCAGAUGUCUUCAGAUGGAAGGUGACUUUGUAAUUAGCGGAUCAUAUGACCGAACAUUAAGAAUUUGGGAUAUUAGAACUAAGACAUGUAUGAAAAUAUUAUGGGGACAUACAGAUUGUGUGCUUUGCCUACAUUAUGUAGACAAUUUGUUGGCGUCUGGUUCUUACGAUUGCACUAUAAAGAUUUGGAAUAUGCAGACUGGUAUUUGUUUGAAUACUCUGGAAGGACACGAAAGGGCAGUAACUUGUCUCAAGAUAGCAAAUGGGCAAAUUAUUAGUGGCUCUGUUGAUCGCAAUAUAAUGUUUUGGGAUUUUCGUACCGGCGAAUGCAUCAGAAAAUUGGAUUGGAUCACUUCAGAGGGACAUACUGCACCAAUCCGAUGUUUACAAGCUGAUCAUUGGCGUAUCGUAAGUGCAGCAGACGACAAAACUAUCAAGGUAUGGUGCUUAAAGUCUGGUAAGAGACUUGCGACAUUCGUUGGUCACCAAGAUGGUGUUACACAUUUGCAGUUUAACGAUAGAGUUAUUGUAUCUGGUUCAUACGAUACAAGUGUUAGACUAUGGGAUUUUUCUGUUUGUUAA